AUGCCGGCCAUGGCGCUGAAGCUGUUCAAGCGCGGGCAGACCGUGCUGCUCAUGCUGCCCGACGGCGGCAUGCGCAUAUACGCGGACGCGGUGCGCGUGGCGCGCGUGAUGAAGGACUAUCCGGGCUUCAUGGUCGGAUCGCACAACUCCGCGCGCCUGCAUCUCCCGCCCGAGAAACUCCUGCGGCCCGGCAACUCUUACUUCCUCCACGCGCCCUCGGAGACCGAUCCAGGCACCGCCGUGCCCCCGCUGCGGCUCGAUACGACCGGCGGAUUGGCCGAGUAUACCCGCGAUUAUGGUGACUAUGACAAGAGCUCGCCGGAUCAACGGUCGCCCGCGAGCGACGCAUCGUGGACGGCGAAAGAGUUGCGCCGCGCCAGCAUCUCUCUCCAUUCAUCAACAGCCGCCCGCCCAUCUUUGCCGUCUCGCGCCAACUCCGCGCCGCGCUACAGCCUCGACGUGCGCAACGACGGCCGCGGCGGCAUCCGUCGCAGCUUCUCAGCCAAAGAUCUGGAGAACGUGCCCGUUCCAUCGCCGCCGGCGGCGCCUGCGCCGGCUCCGUUUGCGCCGGCUCCGAAGCGACCUCCGGCAUCACGCCUGGCGCAAGACGUCGCCCCCACGCCUGCGGUUCCCCCGCGCUUGCUGUGCGCGGGGGACGUGCGGGUCGCGCUGGGCGCCAGCAUGGGCAAGUCGAUGAGCUUCCCGGAUUUCGCGGGUCUAGAGAGCGGUGACGUGGCGCUACGUGCGCAGCCGGGCUCGCGGAUGGCCCGGGGGGACAGCGGAGGCGGAAGCGGAGACUGGGGAAGCGGGGAAAACAGUCCGGGGGCAAUCUGGGAGUGCGAGGAGGAGGAGGGGAGAAUGGAAAGGAGCAGCAGCGGUGGCGGCGGCGGCGGCGGAUUAUCCCGCAGGCGCUCGGGUAUUCCCAGUAGUAGAUACGCCGCCCCUGAGCCACAGUUGCCGCCGCUGCAGCCGCAGCAGCAGCAGAGGGCGUGGAAGGCAGGACAGUACGGGCAGCUCACUCCGCCCACUGGGUCUGGUCCGCUCCCCCCUAUCUCCACGCACGCGCUCAACAUGUCCCCCGCGUCCCCCUGCCAGCACUCGCCCAGUGUGUUCUCGCCUCUCGCUCGCUCUGCAUACCACCACUCUCACUUUCAACACGUGCAGCUGCAGCAGGGGCUGUAG